GUAUAUAAGAAGAAAUAGGAACCUUUUCUCAAGCUGAAGACAAAGUAAAAGAAAGCUGUAUCAUGUGUUAGAAUACUGAAGAGUGAAAUUUCUUGGAUUAGUAUAUUUCUGGAUUGCAAAGCAAAAGAAAGAAGAGGCUGAAAAUGGGGAGAAAGAAAAUACAGAUCACAAGAAUAAUGGAUGAACGGAACAGACAGGUCACCUUUACAAAAAGGAAGUUUGGAUUAAUGAAGAAGGCAUAUGAGUUGAGUGUACUCUGUGACUGUGAAAUAGCACUCAUCAUUUUUAACAGCUCUAACAAACUCUUUCAGUAUGCCAGCACUGAUAUGGACAAAGUUCUACUUAAAUACACAGAAUACAACGAGCCCCAUGAAAGCAGAACCAACUCAGAUAUCGUUGAGACCUUAAGAAAGAAAGGCCUUAAUGGUUGUGAGAGCCCUGAUGCUGACGAUUACUUUGAGCACAGUCCACUAUCGGAGGACAGAUUCAGCAAACUAAAUGAAGAUAGUGAUUUUAUUUUCAAGCGAGGCCCUGCUCUGAACAAGAAGGAACACAGAGGGUGCGACAGCCCGGACCCUGACACUUCAUAUGUGCUCACGCCACAUACAGAAGAAAAAUAUAAAAAAAUUAAUGAAGAGUUUGAUAAUAUGAUGCGGAAUCAUAAAAUCGCACCUGGCUUGCCUGCUCAGAACUUCUCGAUGUCGGUUACAGUUCCAGUGUCCAAUCCCAACACUUUAACCUACAGUAACCCAGGGAGUUCCCUUGUAUCCCCAUCACUGGCAGCCAGUUCAUCAUUAACGGACACGACCAUGCUCUCCCCACCGCAGACCACCCUGCAUCGGAACGUAUCACCUGGGGCCCCUCAGAGACCACCGAGUACUGGCAACGCAGGUGGAAUGCUGGGGACAACUGACCUCACAGUGCCAAAUGGAGCUGGUACCAGUCCAGUUGGAAAUGGGUUUGUGAAUUCUCGAGCUUCACCGAGUCUACUCGGAACUACUGGUGGUGGGAAUGGCUUAGGCAAAGUCAUGCCUACAAAGUCUCCACCUCCGCCUGGAGGAGGUAAUCUUGGAAUGAACAAUCGCAAACCUGACCUCCGUGUUGUCAUCCCACCCUCCAGCAAGGGUAUGAUGCCACCAUUGAAUACCCAAAGGAUAAGUAGUUCUCAGUCUACACAGCCUCUUGCUACCCCUGUGGUGUCUGUGACAACUCCAAGCUUGCCUCCGCAGGGACUGGUGUAUUCGGCCAUGCCGACUGCCUACAACACUGAUUACUCCUUGACUAGUGCAGACCUGUCUGCCUUGCAGGGCUUUAACUCCCCGGGGAUGCUGUCCUUGGGGCAGGUGUCUGCCUGGCAGCAGCACCAUCUGGGCCCAGCAGCCCUCAGCUCCCUCGUUACUGGCAGCCAGCUAUCUCAGGGUUCAAAUUUAUCCAUUAACACCAACCAAAACAUCAACAUAAAAUCUGAACCAAUUUCACCUCCCCGGGACCGUGUAACUCCCUCUGGGUUCCCGCAACAGCAGCCACAAGCGCCGCCGCAGCAGCAGCAGCCGCCACCACCGCCGCAGCCGCCGUCGCGGCAGGAGAUGGGUCGCUCUCCUGUCGACAGUCUCAGCAGCUCCAGCAGCUCCUACGACGGCAGCGAUCGGGAAGACCCGAGAAGCGAUUUCCAUUCGCCUGUUGUGCUGGGGAGGCCGCCCAACUCGGAAGAUCGAGAGAGCCCAUCGGUAAAACGGAUGCGGAUGGACACGUGGGUGACAUAAACUUGCAGUGUUGCCUCUUCAGUUUUGUGUUCUCAAAAUGAACUGUCCUGACAUAUCUAAAUUUAUAAAUAAGGACAUGAAAUAAGUAUAUUUAUAUGUAUAUACAUACGUGCAUAUAUAUAUCUUCACAUGCAUAUAUAUGUGCUAGUGUGUGUAGCAUACACAGAAUCAUCAGGCACUUACGACAAACUCCUUGUAUAGCUGCAGAUGUCCCAUGGUAAAUUGUAACAGAACAAUCCCGUAGGUAUCGAUCUAGCCUGGCACUUACCUGGACUUGGUGUUUUAAUAAUAUAACCUGUUUUGCAGAGAAGCGUUGUACCCGCAGUAUAAUCCUACCACACUAGAUUGCAGAAACCAAGAGGGCUCGCCUGUAGUAACGUCCCUGUGUGUUUUAUUCAAGCUGUAUGGUUACUCGUAGUUAAGAAAUAAUGCUUUGUAGCAGCAGAGCAGUAGAAGGGCAGGAAGAAGAAAGCAAUACUGUACAUAAAACGACCUUUAUAUUACCCAACCUGGCAUGGGUCUCUAUUGCAGAGGGUGCAUGGAGAAGGGCUGAUGCUAUAAGAAAAUAAAAUAAAAUAAAAUAAAAAAAAAAAACAAAAACAAAAACCCUGUUUUGCACGUGCAAAAAAAAAAAAAAAAAGAAUAGCGUAUUGGGUCAAAGAAGUGAUUUUUUUAACGAGUGAGAGAGACAUAGAGAACUCGCAUGAAAUAUUCAGAAAAUAUUAGCCUAGAAAAUAGAACAUUAACAAAAUAAAAUUAAUAUAUUAAGUUAUAAUUGGAAUAUGUUUGACAAAUUUGUUUUUACGUUCGUACCUUUGAAAACUAUAGAAACGGAUUUUAGCUCAUGUAUAUUUUAUAUUAAAGACAAUACCCUAAUGAAUUGAAGACUAUAUAUAAAGUUAUAUACAGUACUUUUGAACACAUUCUGCUAUGAAUUAUUUAUAUAAGCCAAAGCUGUAUGUUGUAGCUUUUUUGUAGAGUACAGUUUUAUCUUAUUUUGACUUUCUAGUUUUUGCUUUCAAAGAUGAAAAGGAAAAACUUGCAGGCGGAACCUUGGGGGAAAAAUAAGCCAUGAACACUUAUAUGUAAAUUUAAAUUUGAGCCAAACUCUGUGUAUAUAGCAUCCUAAAUAUAUUAUCACCUUGGUGUAAGUACCGAUGUAUUGUACGUUCACCAGAUUAAAAAGUAUAUUUUUGUGGAUUGACGCCAACUUGAAAAAAGGCGAGGUCCUUAUUAAGUAGAGUAUUCACUGUUUAAUAUUUACUAUUUUGUUAAAUAUACUGUACUUUCUUUGGAUUUUAAUUAUUAUUAAUAUUAUUAUCCAGAUUUUUCAGAGGGUGUAUAAAGGGGUUGUCCCCCUCACUGGUGGUGAAUGUGUGCUGUUAAAUUGUAAUCUCUGUGCUGUAUGGUUAAGCUUCAUUAUACAUUUUAUAUAUAUGUAUAUAAAUAGCAAAGUGGCAAAAAAAAAAAAUCCGGUGUUAAGUUCAUCCUGCAUAAAUAUAAAAAAAAAAAACCUGUUACAACACAUUUUAAGGCAUCGUUUUAAAACUGCCUCUUCUGAGGAGGGGAAAAAAACCCACAGUGGAAGAACUUGACCUAAUUUCUCCUGAUAGGGAAGUAACGCAUAUCAGAUGAGCAGGAAAGGUUUUUAGAGGUGGUGAGUGGUUUGGGAGGAAGCCUCGGCCUCACUCAGAAAGGAAUUUGCUGUUCCUCUUUGCCGCUUCCAUGAAAUGGAGCGAGGAGGGUGGAGGCCCCCUGUGUUCCCGGCAGCUGCCUCAGAGAUUUUUGGGUUGUACCUCGGUGGGGUCGCUUGAUCUUACUGGCAUGGCCUGGCUGUGUCGUGGCGGGGGCAGUGUCCUCUCUCCUGGUAACCUCUAGGCCUGGCUCAGACCAACCCCCUGGAGCAGGCAAAAGCCAGGUUUUUUCGGCAGCCGGGGGGGGGGGGGCUGGCCUGCAGCCAGCAGGGUCCCUGCCUGCUGCGGCCCCCCCUGGGCCUCCCCUUCUGGCAGGCGAGGGCUGAUUUUGCCCUGGCAGCCAAAUCGGGGAGGUCCAGGUGAAUCUUACUGCUGGUAGUUCUAGCUCUGGGGAAGAAACUGCCAUGAGGUUGUAGUCAUCCAAAGGCCUCUGAGGAUAUCCCAGAUGUUCAUUAAAUUUUUGCUUGGGCUUUUUUUUUUUUUUUUUUAAAUUAAAAAAGUCACUGGCUACUGUACCUAAGCAGCGUGAGAAAUGGGAAUGCAGCAGGGAGAGCUGCCGCCUCGCCUGCUUGCUUUACUGUGGGAUUGCAGAACAAAGUCAGUACAGGCAGCUUCCGAACACCCAUCUCUUGUUGUCAUGGCAACCUUAAAAAGCUUACAGGUUUCAAUUCUUCAAUUCGUUUUGGCCGCUCACCUUUGGCCACGCCCCUCCCUUUCAGUAGCGCCCCGUGUACGGAAGCGCAGAGGAAAGCGUUACCCCCCUUUCUGAAGUGACUGAACUCACCUACCCCUCCAGAGAACCUUUGACUGCUCUGACCAGUGAUGUGACCGUUGUUAUUUAUGCACGUCCAUGAACUUUGCUGCACGUCCGAGUGGGAGUUCUGCAUUCACAUUUACUGUCUAUUUUCUUGUGUGCCUUAUACGAUGGCUUUGCUGACUGUAUCUCAAUAGUCUUUAUUUCUAUGCAGGUUUUUAAACAGUACUAUUACUGUUUUCUUAAAGAAAAAAAAAAAGCUACGUAAGGGUUAGAGUUUGUAUUGAAAUUGCACCAAUGAAUUAAAAAAAAAAAA